AUGUACCGAUACACUUCUGCUCCUCCUCCCUGCUCUUCAACAUACCUUUCACCUUACCCCUAUCCUCACAACCUCACAGCAAGAUCAUACGACACAACUUACAUGUCCAGACCCUACUCAUACACUGAACCACGUCGCUACAGUUCCUACUACGAAACAUCGUGCUCACGACCAAUUACAUCCCACAGACCUGUGAAGACCAGUACCUGGAGAUACGUUGGACCCGUACAAGCACCACAGCCGGACAGAACUCCUCGAAAGAGUAGCCUCAAGAAGACGGCGAGCAGGCACGUACAUUUCGACCUACCGCCUGCUCAAGGCCGCUCGAGCAGGGCGAUCAGGAUAGCCGAGGAAGAAAGGCAGAGGGAGAGAGAACGCGCAAGGGUAAAGGAAAGGGAACGGGGACGGGAUCAAGAAAGAGAGAGAGAAAGCAGAUACUACAUACCGCCCCGAUUCACCACCUUACGACAACGUUCACCCUCGGAAAGAAUGCCUAGAAAGCAGCACCACUCCUACACAUCAACCUACGAAUACGACUCCCAACUCCACCACCAAGAACGAUACCGCCGCAGCACCUCACCUAUACGCACCAGCCUACCCAGAUCGCAUUCGACAUACACACGUGUGCCACCA